AUGCUCUCGCCCGAGCGCCACCGCCACCACCCGCACCCGCCCGCGCCGCCGCCGCCGCAGCACCAGCACCACCCGCCGCAGCCCAACCAUGUCGUGGCCACCAUCGAGAACCUGCCGGCGGAGGGCGGCAGCGGCGGCCGCGGCGGCGGCAUCGCCGCCUCCUCCUUCAGCGUGCGCCAGCGCCUCAGGAAAGUGCUGAACAGGGAUCUCUUGCUGUCUGUGGCUCUUGGCCAAGUACUGUCUCUCCUUAUCUGUGGCAUUGGCCUGACGAGCAAGUAUUUGUCAGAAGAUUUCCAUGCCAACACACCUGUUUUUCAGAGCUUCCUCAAUUAUAUCCUCCUAUUCUUGGUCUACACAACAACACUAGCUGUCAGGCAAGGAGAAGAAAACUUGCUGGCAAUUUUGAAAAGGAGAUGGUGGAAGUACAUGAUCCUGGGGAUAAUAGAUAUAGAAGCCAAUUACCUGGUAGUCAAAGCAUAUCAAUACACCACUCUUACUAGUGUACAGCUCCUAGAUUGUUUUGUCAUCCCGGUGGUGAUACUGCUAUCCUGGUUCUUCCUUCUGGUACGAUACAAGGCAGUGCAUUUCAUUGGGAUCGUGGUCUGCAUUCUGGGCAUGGGCUGCAUGGCAGGAGCAGACGUCCUCGUUGGGAGACAGCAAGGAGCAGGUGAAAAUAAACUGAUAGGGGAUCUCUUAGUGCUGGGUGGAGCAACACUGUAUGGCAUCUCAAAUGUUUGUGAGGAGUAUAUCGUCCGAAAUCUGAGUCGAGUGGAAUUCCUGGGCAUGAUCGGACUCUUUGGCUCCUUCUUCAGUGGAAUUCAGCUUGCGAUCAUGGAACACAAAGAGCUAUUGAAAGUUCCCUGGGAUUGGCAAAUAGGCUUGUUGUAUGUUGGCUUUAGUGCCUGUAUGUUUGGGCUCUACAGCUUCAUGCCAGUGGUCAUAAAGAAAACCAGUGCCACUGCUGUCAACCUCUCCCUGCUCACAGCUGAUCUGUACAGCCUCUUCUGUGGAUUAUUCCUCUUCCACUACAAGUUUUCAGGACUUUACUUGUUGUCAUUCUUCACUAUCCUUGUUGGGCUGGUGCUCUACUCCUCCACAUCCACCUACGUAGCCCAGGAUCCUCGGGUGUACAAGCAGUUUCGAAAUCCUUCAGGACCUGUUGUUGACCUGCCAGCCACGGGCCAGCUGGAGCCUUCAGUGACAUACACCAGCCUAGGGCAGGAGACAGAAGAGGAGCCUCACGUUAGAGUUGCUUAAACCCCAGGCUGUUGGUCACCUACUGAUGAUUCGGUGGAGCUCGUAUACCCAUUAUCUCUGUAUUGUACAUAGAGAAAGGUAUUUACCAGGUGCAGUUACACUGGUGAGCUGCAAGGUAGCAAAUAAGGAAAGUUCAUAAUUGAUUGUUCCAGGGUGUUCAUCACAAGGAGAUGCCAGUCCCUCAAUUAUGGUAUUAGCAGCAUGUUUACAGCACAAACUGCUGUACACAAAUCACUAAAUACCAAACUACCUGCAAAAGAUAUUCAAAAUAAAAGCUGAAUUCGCAAGAAAAAAAAUAGUCAUAAAAGGGUGUUUUUUCACCUACUGAGUGAUAUUAUGCGUAAACCGCACAAUUUGUGGAAAAGCAACCUGUUUAGUGUAAAUAUAAUUGUGCAGUCACUGUUGAUUUCUCUGUAAGAUUUGUUUGGUUUGCACAAAAUAGAUGGGUUACUCAUGGUAAAAACACCCUGACACAUUUUUGCUAGCACCUUGAAUUUGAUGAGGAAAAGAUAAUUAGUUCAUCUGUGCUAUCUCGCUAGUUGCCCCUUCUAGGUAAUCUGUUCCAUGAAUCCAGAGGAGGGACAACUUAAAAUAUCCGUCUCUAUUCUAGGAAUAGGUAUAAGGCGAGCAUUUUAGUCUUUCUAUAUUUGCAGAAGUGAAGUACUCCAGCAUUGACCUUUCUAUGUUCUAUGACAGAUUUCCUAGAGGCUGAGGUUCUGCAUCAGGUGACAGGGAGCUAAUUUCUCUGUAGUCAUGACUAAUACAGAUUUCUUACUUUUAAAAUUUUAAUCUUUAAAAAGAAAAAAUGCAUUUUCUAAUUUCCUAUAAAUUGUACCUCUCCUUGUUAAGAUGACAUAGCAUGUGGAUCUUGGCACAGAUACUCGGUGAACCAAGGGCGCCUUCUGCUGUUCCAGUUUGCUUAUUCUCAUGUGGUUCAAUCCUUUAACAAUAGCCAUUUAGAAACAUGCUUGUUUUUCUCCAAAACCCCAAAACUGUAAAAACCAGGAAGAUUAUGUGAGUAAUUCAUGACCGGACCCUCUGCUAUUAUUGCUGCAGUAGCACGAAGACAUUCAUGCCAAUGGUGUAACCAAUUAAUUUUCCUUAACUACAAAAUUAUCAGGGAAAUUCAGCAGUUUACUUGUUUUCGUGGGGAAAUGUGAAAAUAGUAAGGAUGUGCUCUACAACUGUACUUCUGCUCCAGGCGCCUUAUCAGAAAUGGAAGAAAUCUUAAUAAUGACCAUGAAAAUCCGUACCUGCCCGAAUGUUGUGCUUUGGCAAGAGCACUAUAAAAGGAAAAGAAAUCAUUAUUUCAACAGCCAUCAUCUAUUUUUGACCUAAAGUUGUGGAAAGAGAGUAUGUCUAACAGAUAAGACAGGAAUUCAGGAGAUCUUGUCACAUCUCUGUGGGAUUUUGGGCACACCUUCUGUGUGGCUUAGUUUCCCAACUUGCAUAUAAGGGGAUAGUGUUAUUUUACCUACCUCACAGAGGUGCCAAGGGACCAAGGUCUGUUAGAACACUUCAAGAUCUUCAGAGAAAGGGAGUUUAAGUACAAAAUAGUGCUAUAAAAGUGUAUAUACAUUCAUUGUGUUUCAAAAUGGAGUUUACAACAAGGCUGAUGAAUUUUUUGCUUGUGGGCAUAUGAGAUGAAUUUGAUUUAAAAGACAUUCUACAAAAAAGUCUGACUCAAGUGAAAAUAUAGGGCUUUGUGUUUGAAAAAUGCAACUUACCUAUUUCUAUUUUAAAAAGAAAAAAAAUGUAUACUCUGGAGAUUAGAAAGGCCACACAGUUCAACCAAGCAGGAAGAGUUUCUGCUGAGGUAAUACUCAUCUUUUACAGUCCUUUCUACGUUAUCAUGAAAAGGAGAAAAAGCAUAUUGGAAGAUGUUUUUAUACCAGUGUAAAUGAGGGGGUGAAUGCCGUAAUUCAAUUGAACAGCACUAUCUUAUUCUUGCUGUGGAUGAGAGAAAGAGGCAAUUUCUGUCCCAUCGUGUCUGCCAUGAUCCUGCAGCAGCUUAGGGAAAGGUCUGCAGUGUUGUCAAACCAUGCUCAAAACUUCUGCAGAAUCUUUAGUUAAAACUGUGUGCUUUGAAAAAUAACAAUUUUAGGGUUUUUUUUUCUGCCUUCUGAUUUUUUAAUGUUAUUUAGUAUUCAUGUUUACAAGCUUUUUCACUACACCCAUUGAGGGUUAAAAAAUGAUUCCCAGCAGAGAAUCAGAUUCCAUAUUCUCCAAAAUAUGGACCUUCCAAGAUCUAAGCAUGAAGGGAGUCACAGUUAAAAAAAAAAAAAAAGAAAAGAAAAGACAACAAAGAGAACACAAAAAAGAGCCACCCUGGGAUUACUGAGUCUCCCAAUCUGAAUGGAGAAUUGCUUGACUCCCAUCUGACACAUCAGGGUAAGGCUUGAGGAGUGGGAGUCCAGAUGGGAGGUGUGUGGUUGGCUGAAGCCCUCAUGCAUUAAGGGCCAGCAAGCAAACAUCCUCAGGUCAAGCCCUGUGAUGACUUCAAGUUGAAACUGGUUUUGGUCUUGGUGCCCAAGAGGCACAGGCUUUGACCAUACAUAUCCUGGUCUCUCCAGGAUAUCCAGAAACCUGGUCUCUCAGGUUUCUGGAGGCACCAUGGGCACCUGUCAUCACUGUCUCUUUGCUACCUUUUAUACCAAUUAAAUACCUUUCUCUGAACAUUAGUCCCCAUGUUGGUCUUGAGAGCUUUGAGGACUGCAUGUGUGUUUAUUUCAUGUUUACAAUUCCUUCAUUUUGCAUAAUCGUUUUGGUUUACUUCUUUAUUAGUAUUUAUUUUUAAGCCAAAUGUUUGUAGUCCUUUCCCCUCCUCCUCUUCAUUUUUCUGACACUAAUUUGUAGAUGUUUGUUAGAGUCUUAUGAGAAACAACUAGAAGAAAAUAUGCCCAGUUCAGUUCCCUGACCUGGGAGUUUUUGCAUGCAAGGGUUUGCAACUACAGAUGCCCGAGAGGCACCAUCUAGAGCAAAAUUUAUAGGUUAUUUUAAAAGGCUCUAUUGUAUGGAAAUCAAUCAUGAGUGAUCCAGUUUGUACUCUACACCCAGCAACUAGCCAAUACAUUCUUACAAUGAAGACUUUCAUGUCACUUGGAGAUCUUUCUGUGGGGUUGCUUUACUUGUUAUGUCUCUAAUAAAAAAAAAUAAGAAAAAAGAAAAAGAAAAGUUGAUACUUCAGUUAGCCCCAGUGUGCUAGUACUGGAUGGACCUCAAAGGAAAAUAGUAGUAUAGCUUUACAAGUAACUGUUGAUUGAAAAAGUGAGGUCUACCUGUUGGGGUUUUUCUUCUGCAAUUUGAGACCUCAGUACACACCAGCUAUCUAACUGGCAGCUACUCGUUGUGAUAGGACGUCACUAGUUCCACCUAGAUCUUUGACUGAACAAACUGAAACUCUGCUAUAUUGCUGGCACUGAGCGGCGUUUAGCAAGACUGAUGUAACUUUCUGCAACGAAAUGAAAACCUUCACUGGGAGACAGACUUUGUCUUUGUUCCAACUACAAACGUUCAAAACACACAACAACAGACCAAGCAAUUGAAAAUUUUGCACCACUGUGUCAUAUAAAAUUGUUUCAAUGUAUAGUUUAGA